AUGAAGCAUAAUUACGUGGAAAACAAUCCCCAUUUGGGGUAUUCACACGAAGGAGCGUAUUUAGAGAUCUCAUACAAUGAAGCUAAAAAUAUAUGUACCCGAGCUUCUGAUUGUGGUGCAUUGUAUUCUGGUACUCAUUGGGAAUAUUCUGGUAAUGUCAUCAAGCGCAACUAUUUCCACGACUCCACGGGAUUUGGGCAACCUGGCGGAUGGUCUUAUGUCAUUGGAAUUUACUUAGACGACAACCUAUCGAAGCAAAGAGUCUACCAAAACGUCGUUUCAAAUUUUGUCGGUUAUGGUCUUGUGCAGGGCUCUGGGAUAUCCAACAUUAUUUAUAAUAACAUAUUCUAUAAUUGUAAGACGGGGUAUUCGGGAGAUUCUAGAGGACCAAGAAGGUAUGACACGACUCCAAAUGCGGCAUACAAUUUACUGGAUACGAUGGUGAACAAUAGAGUGUAUAGAUACGCUUCUCCGUGGAAAGACCAAUUUCCCGAAUGGGCGCUGUUACCAAAAACGUCAGAAGAGUUGAUGAAAGAAGAAAAUAUUCAUUGGCUGUAUAUGGAGAACACUGAGAUAUACUGUAAUGUAUUAUAUAAUAACACAUGGGAUCAUAUAUUUACUGACGGUUGUAAUAAGUAUAUGAAAAGAUGGGGAUGA